GGUACUGCACUCACAACAACAAAGCCAGAAGAUGAGAUUCAGCCUGGUGUUGGCCGCUCUUCUCUGCUUCACCACAUGGAUGGGCGUCGUCCAUGCAACCCAUGCACCGGUGUCCAGCUGUUGUCUCGGGUGGUCUAACACAAGAGUCCUACCGAAGCGUAUUGUGGGUUACACCUUUCAGACUGAAGGCGUCUGUUCAAUCACAGCCGUAGUGUUUCAGAGCAAGAGAGGAGUGAAGAUUUGCUCCGACCCUAACAGUGACUGGGCAAGAAAAGUCAUUCUGAAGGUGGACGAGGAGAAAAAAAGAAAAAUGGCCUUGCAAGUGAAGGCACAGAAUGAAGAAGGAUUAACAAGCGACGUCACACCAACAGUGUCCCUUCCAUUAACAACCAAACCACAGAAGAAAUGCAGAAAUGGAAGAAGACGCCAGAAGAAGAAGUCCAGGGGAGGGAGGAGGGGCCAGAAGAAAUGUGUGUGAGGAAUCACCAGACAAUUCGAAGUUGGACUUGUCCUGCUAUAUUCUAUGAAUAACAAAAAAACAACCUUUUUAUAUUAUUGUAUCUAUGAUUACAUUUGCUAUGUAUAUUUAAAUGUUAUCUUGUUGUCAUAAAUAUGUGUAUUUCAAAAGAGCAUAAAGCUUGACCUU